AUGGCUGCACGCACUCUCGUGAUAUUUCUUUAUUUCUUGUUCUUCAGAUGCGUCUUAGCCGACGAUGGAGACGAUUUCUCCAACAACUUGUUCACGGAUCUCGGCCCGCUGCUGGCCCUCUUCGGAGAACGUGUUACUAUGCAAUUUUUGAGCCAGGCGAUGGGAAUUUCCGACUGCAUUAUCCUUUCAAUGGCACCUCUAGGCAUCGUCACCACCAUCGUCGCUGCGAUUAGAGUCGGGGGUCCGUCAUGGCUCAAAGCCUUGAUUGGGAGAGCAACGGAGAAUCUCGCAGCUGCCGAACUAGAGCUCAUGUCUUCUAGCUCCAAUGAGGUCUGUGAGCUCUGGAACGGCAGAGACGUGGUUCGCUGUGCCGGAUCAGCUCCUGUUUGGGAGUUCAUUUGUUUGCUGCCUCGGACAGGAUUACCCAAGAACCCAAAAGUCAAGAUAAUGAGUCUAGAAGAUGCGGAGAACGACCCAUACUUUUAUAUAAAAAGAUUGCGGAGAAACGAGAGAACCUUUUCGGAUAAAAUGCGAGCGCUCUUUGGUGUUCAUAGGCAAGGUGGGAGCGCAGAAGAUGGAAUAAAAGAAAAUUCCAAUACUCAAUCAGACGAAGUUGUCAUUAUAAGAAAUCUUAAACAUGACGUGCCAAAUAUUUCACACAAUCGGCAUAGAAACUCUGGUCGCGGCGAGCUACACCUCGCUGCGUGUUUUGGUAUACUUUUACAAAUCGGCUUCAUUUUAUACUGCAGCUUCAUCGCACAAUACUCGAAAUUAAAAUCCCACUUUCAAAAGGAUGAUCAUGCCGUUGCAAGUUACGCUUUUCCAAUGACCAUUAUUGGCUCGGUGGUCCUGAGUAUUGGCAUGUUCAUUUGCUCUCACGUUGUCGAAAGCAGCACCAUGGAAGAAACCUUUCAACCAGCAGAACAUUGGCGAGCCCGGCUGGUAUGGCUACAACAAGAAAAAACUGUCGGCGACGAAGAGUUUAAAUCUUUUGCUCUCUAUACAGGAGAGGACCAGCCAAACAUUAUCACUUCGAGCAGAGCGGACCAUGGCAAAGAUUCCGACGAAAAGCAACAGCAGGGCUCAGAAGGGUUGAAAGACUUUACAAUCACGACGGUGGUGGGUACAGUUAUCAGUCUAGUCGGAUAUGUUGCUCAGUUUAUUGGAUUUCGAGGAAUGCAUUGGUCUGUUUCCGUGGCCUCUUUAAUUGCGGUCCUUACAAUGGCCGCCGUGAGGGCAUGGAUUCGUCGCGGACUCGCAAAGCCCAUGUUCUGCCAUGGCCUUCUUCCAGGAUUUGAGCUCGACUGGUUUGCGGAUUCCUUAAGAACUGUUGGCAAUGCGCCUUGGUACAAUGAUUUGGAUGGAUCUUCUCAGGAAGAGAAUACCAGCUCCUUGAGUAGACGGAGUACGUCUACUAACCAAGAGAAGCUCGCUAAAUCGGACGAUCAAUCUACAACAAAAGAACCACUCAUUUGCGAGGCUCAAGAUUAUACCACAAUGCGCCAGAGUCUUGCAAAGCUUGCAGACUGGCGAGGACCAGCAUCGCAAGAAGCCAUUGCAGUCAGCUUGGCCAUAGAAGCAACCAUGAACCUUUUGGAUGACAACUUGGGCCUAGAAGAUUUUUCUUGGGGCUACAAGAUUCAGGAUGCAUCAUUAAACGAGCAAGAGCUGAAGUUCAGGGUGAUUAAACAGCCCGACGGCAAAUGGAAAGCACACGCAGGAGAAAUCGAGGCGGCACUGUCACUACGACUCUUCUAUAUUAAGAGUCAACAAGAGACCCAAUUAUUGGCCAAGGCCAUUCAUAAAUCAGGCAACCCCUUGGACGAUGACAAAUGGUUGCGGGUGAAGGGGGAAAUGCCCGAUAUGGGAUUAAGGAUUCUUGGUCCGAAUACAAUGCAACUAUAUCGACAUCUCGAUUGGUGGAUACCUACAGAUGGACCAGAAAUUUUGAAAGGUGAAGCGGUGUAUAAUCCCGCUGAAAUUGACCAGAAUAUCGAUUCAGGGAAGCAUCAGAUCAAUACAUUUGGAAGCAUCGUGCCAGGUUCAACCAAAUUCGAACUUGAUGAAUCGAGAGUGGUAGGGCUUGAUCCACGUCAUCAAUUCAAAGUCGCCACUGGCUCUCAUACGCAGCUUUCGCACCUUUACUAUCAAAACUCACAGGUUGGAAAAUGGAAUUUCAGCAUAUCAGAAGGAGAAGGCGAGAAUUCGAAUGACAUACUAUGCAUACAAUCCUUGGAUUCGCUGGAAAUUCUAUACGCCAAAGACAUGUUUUCGACAUUCAUGUGGGCUGUGGUGGAAUCACUAGAACGGCCCAUGGGAGGGAAAACAUACAUAAAAACAUCCCAAGCCAAGUUGGAAAAUAAAGACUCAUGGAGGCGUUUGGGUCUCGAGAACGAUGACAUCUCCAGACUAGCUGCGGCUAUCCAGAGCACAGGCCUAUGCAACACACACGAUGCUCAUAUCAGCGUUAUUACUCCUUUGAGUAUACAAAGAAAACUACCUGAGGUAGACAGUAUUGUUGAGAUGGUGCGGAAUUAUACUGAGCCGCUUGAGGCACUUCAUUUGUGGGCAGAUGCAGGUCAAGUAUACUUGCAACUCUGCGAGCACUUGAAUGCAUUUGCAGUUGGAAGCUAUACUUAUAUCAGGGCUGUUGCCGUGUUGGCAACGUUUCGAAAAACACUACAAGAGAUGAUUAGACGAGAAAUGACGGGAGUAUACGAAUCUCGCUUCGAAGAACAGCUGACAAAGGCAAUGGAAAUUGUCGACGCAGAGUUCCAGGAUCAUCUAGGUUCAUUGUGCGAAUUGCAAGACACCGAUAAAUGGCAAAAAUGCUAUCCUAACGCUGAACGCUUCUUUUUGCUUCAGGAUCAAGAGUCAAUAAUUUCCAAUUCCUUCGACGUCUACAAAGAAAUGGAUCGACAACACCUCAGCAGACCAGACAAGGAUGGCGCGAGAGAGAAAGACAUCUUUGACAGGACAUUCCUCCACUAUUGCGCAGCGUUCACCUACCAUCGGGAGAGAUGGUAUGAGAAGAAUAACUACCCAGACGGGUCUGAGCAGUUUCUUCAAAAGAUGCGGCGCUGGAUCGAGCAAGGUGUCGAUAUCAACGCCCGCGAUAUCCGCGGAUGGACACCACUGCACUAUGCCUGCUGCUGUGCUGGUAAAGCGAGCACCCAGGUUGUCCAAUUGCUUCUCGAAAAGGGCGCUUCGGUUGAUGUUCAAGGACGCGAGGGCACAGCGCCAAUUCACUGUGCGGCGAGGGCGGGCAAUUUAGAGAUGGUCGAAAUGUUGCUGGAAUUCGGAGCCAACAUUGACAUUGCCGACGGAUAUGGCAACACUGCCUUGCACGAGGCAGCGUUGAAUAGAUCUGCUGACAUUUUCGAAACUCUGUGCAAACGCGGCUGUCAGAAAAGGCGAAAUAAGCAUGGACGGGCAGCCUUUCAUAUAGCGGCGAUGAAAGGACUCUCAUCCGCAGUCAGUCAAUUGGGGGACUACGCCAACUCCAAGGACAGUCAGAAAAAGUCACCUCUUUACCUUGCUGUGGAAUACGGUCACAAAGAUUUCGUGCAACAACUCCUUAGGCUACCACAGGUGGAAGUAAAUGCCAGAGGUUACCGGGAUCUAACGCCGCUUCAAGUCGCUUGUAAGAAAGGCUAUGACAGUAUCACCGAGAUUCUUCUCGAUGCAGGCGCUGACAUAGAAAUCCUGAGUGAUGACGGCAGAACACCCUUACUCCAUGCUGUACAAGAGCAGAUGGAAAGCACUGUCAAGUUACUCACAACAAGAGGCGCCAAUGUCAACUUCAUCCAUCUUGGAACUACAGCGCUGCACACAGCCGCGCAGAUGGGAUACUCUGCCAUCUUUGAGUAUCUAUUGAAGGGAGGGGCGGAUAUCCAUGCGGGAGCAGAAACGGCUGCAGGGACACCGCUGCAUGCGGCGUGUACCAUGAUUGAUGGUAAUCCCAUGAUACAACGUCUUAUAGAUUUGGGAGCUGUGAUUGAUGAGACUGAUGAAGAGAACCAAACUCCACUGCAUAUUGCAGCGCUAUAUGGCAAGCCAGCGAACCUAAAGCUGCUCAUCGACAACGGUGCAAAUAUAGAAGCCAGAGACGGUAGAGGCAGAACACCCGCCCUCAUUAUGUCUUUUGAGGAGCAGCGAAAAGAGUGUCUCCGAGUGCUGAUCAAGCAUGGCGCGGAUGUAAACGUCGCUGGUCACGACGGCAGAACUCCGCUAUAUCUCGCAGCCGGGGACGAGACUUUGGAAGACUUCGUCCCAGAGUUACUCGAAGCUGGCGCUGCCGUUGACGUGGCCGUCGAUGAUGGUUAUACCCCAUUGCAUCAGGCAGUAUAUUUCAAAUGUACAAAAGCUAUAAAAGCACUCGCUGAACACGGAGUAAAUACCGAAGCAAUGAACACCGAGGGAGAAACGCCACGAAUGAUUGCAGAAAGAGGAGGUCUAUCUGGCUGGUGGAGGGAAAACAUACCGCCAUCUAGGGAGUGGUGGAGGGUUUCAUCGGUGAAGCUUGCAGCAUAA